AAUAACCAUUCAUUCCUGGCGCACAUCGCUAGGGCUCCUCUGCUAGUCACAGUUUUGAGUCUCAGCUCUGAAUUUAAUUUUUCCGACAAAUAAAAUCGCAUAAUUGUAUUUUCCUUAUUUAUUUUAGUGAAUUAAUAAUUGAACGACAUCAAGCAUCGUGGAUCAGUUUAUUAGAUCUGGAUGGCUGCAAGAGCUCGUUCCGAUUACGAUUAUCUCAUUAAGCUUCUCCUUAUCGGUGAUAGCGGUGUGGGUAAAAGUUGCCUUCUAUUGCGUUUCUCAGAUGGAUCAUUCACAACUAGUUUUAUAACAACCAUCGGCAUUGAUUUCAAAAUAAGGACAAUAGAGCUUGAUGGAAAGCGAAUCAAAUUGCAAAUAUGGGAUACAGCUGGUCAAGAGCGUGUUCGAACUAUUACAACUGCUUACUACCGUGGAGCCAUGGGCAUUUUGCUUGUGUAUGAUGUCACUGAUGAGUCGUCGUUUAACAACAUCAAGAAUUGGAUUCGCAACAUUGAGCAACAUGCUUCCGAUAAUGUCAACAAGAUAUUAGUGGGGAACAAGGCUGACAUGGACGAAAGCAAAAGGGCUGUUCCAACUUCAAAGGGUCAAGCUCUGGCAGAUGAAUAUGGCAUCAAGUUUUUUGAAACUAGUGCAAAAACUAAUAUGAAUGUGGAUGAGGUUUUCUUUUCAAUAGCUCGGGACAUCAAACAAAGACUUGCAGAAAGUGACUCAAAGGCUGAGCCCCAGUCACUCAAGAUUAACCAAUCAGACCAGGGAGCUGGGUCUGCUCAAGCCGGACAAACAUCUGCUUGCUGUGGUUCUUAGAGGAAAUUCUUGCAAGUACAUUUGACCGAGGAAGUUAAAUUCGUGAAUGACUUUCGUCGGUGCUUGUAUUGUUCUUUUGUUAUUUCACAGUUGCAACUUAUUGGGUGUGAAUGGUAGAUCCUUCCUAUGUUGGGAAAUUAAUCAUAUAAAUGUAUUUAGUAUUUAUUGCUGUAUCUGUUUAUUUUUUUCUUUAUUUUUUCAGGAGCCUGACUAUGCACAAUCUUUGCUAAAACCAAGAACAACAUCCUAAUGUUUUGCUAUGCUUCA